AUGGCGGCGGAGCAAGAAAUAAAUAUUAAGUUUGUACAAGAAGUUGAAAAACAUGCUUGUUUAUAUAACUACAAAUUACCAGAAUACAUGCGGAAAAAUACAAUAGAUAGGACUUGGGCAGAAAUUGGGAAUAAAUUUCAAAUACAAGGAUCAGAAGCUAAAGAAAAGUGGAAAAAUCUACGUAGUGUUUUUGUUCGCCAUUUGAAACCGCCUAAAAGUGGAGCAGGGACUGCGCAAAAAAAACCAUACUACUUAGCUGAUUUUAUGCAAUUUACUAUACCAUUCAUAAAAACAGCAGGAAAACCAUCAGGAAAUUUGAACGAGACAAUAGAAGAUAAUGACACAUUGCAACCACAGUCUCCUGAACUAUGCGAACAAACACAGUUCACAGAAAGUGUACCUACAAGCACUCAAUCGAUCUCGCAACAGCAAUCAUCUCUUCCUUCUACAAGCACUCAAUCAAUCUCACAACAGCAUUCAUCUUUUCCUCCAACAAGCACUCAAUCAAUCUUGCGACACCAAUUACCACCAGCAACAAGCAAUAAAAGAAAACGGAAGAAGCUUGAAGAAACUCAAGCUGAGCAAGAUAUUGCAGCUUAUUUUAAAUUGAAACGAUCUAAAAUUAUAGAAAACUGUGACAGUACUGAAAAUUCAAACAAAAUGUUUUUACUGAGUUUACUGUCGGACGUGAAUAAAUUGAAUGAUAAUCAAAGAAGACUGUUUAAGAGGAGAGUGCUUGAAUUGAUAGACGAUAUUAUGGACCAAAGUAGUCCCAUCACACUUUUAUCUACUCCUUCACCGACUGACAGGGCAAUAAGUACGCCAAAUACCAUAAAUGAAAGUGUACAAUCAAAUACUGCCACACUAUAUUAUGAAUCAAUACCUAUGUUUUUAUCACAGGAAGAUGAAGAAUAA